AGAGUGGGAAUAGACAGUUUUGGACUAAGUAGAGGCUCUGGCCCGGCUGCCGGGGACUAAUCUGUGCACCUUUGCUAGCCCAGCAGCCUUGGCAAAUUUCCCAACCUCUAGCUGCCUCCUGCUUUGUCUAUCAGAUGAUGAGAAUGGCUGCCACCACAUGCCUUAUGUGUCACCCUGAGAAUUAGAGAGUAGCCCCAGCCAGGAGGGUUCUCCACUGGUGAGGUAGAAGGACAGCUCUGGGAGUGGGAUUGGGGUGACCCUGUUGUACUGAAGCCAUCUUAUAGUACUAUGGGCUUGAUGGGACUGUAGACUCUAGGGGAGCCAACCAGGCCCAAACUGUAGUGUCAUUGUGGGCCUUGAUGUCAGCGCUGAGGUGACUGAAAGGAUCCAGGUGAGGAAGGAACAGGUACCCACAUAGUAGAGAACAAAGAACCUUUAGCCAUCCUGUGCCAUCUGUAACCACUCCAGAGGAGGUGUGUCUUACUGCCUUGAGCCUGCUGACCUCUCUGUAUUGGCACAUAUGGGGAGGGGACAGGGCAAGGCCCCUUAUUGGAAGAUGGUCCCUCAGGCAUGCAGAGGUUGUGCUGCAAAGGUUGGCUCACCCUAAGUGAACAGGUACCCCUGUGUCUUGGUCAUCUCCUCUAUGUUGGGCCCCAUGGGAGUUUCCCUGGCCUCUGUCUACUCUCCCAGCAGCCCAGGAGGUUGUUGUGGUCCUGCCUAGUUAUCAGAUAGGUAGACUGAGGCACAGGACCAGCAAGGAAAAGGGUCAGGGCUCAGACCUGGGUCUCUGUAUCCAGCCUCUCGACACUUGUCAUAUUGAUGUGCUUGAAGAUAAGGACAAGAAGAUUUACCCUCAGGGGCUACCAUGUGGGCUCCCUAGAUCGCAGCAUCGGUUGCAUGCAUUUUUUUUCUAGAAGGCUCUCAGAGUUUGCUUGCUGGACUGAUUGGAGGCCGCCAUAAAAAAAAAAUUUUUUUAAAGAUUUAUUUUUUCUACGUAGGUGAGUACACUGUUGCUUUCUUCAGACAGACCAGAUGAGGACAUCAUUGUAGAUGGUUGUGAGCCACCAUGUGGUUGCUGGGAUUUGAACUCAGGACCUCGGGAAGAGCAGUCAGUGCUCUUAACCACUGAGCCAUCUCUCCAGCCCGUCAUAAAAUUUUAAAAUCGUUUUGUCCAGCAAAAUGAAUGGACCUGUAUCCAGAGGACAGUCCAAGAGAAAGACACAAGAAAACACCCAGGCUGGGAGACAACCCCCUUAGCUCUAGAUCCAAGUUCUAGACCUGGUUUCAUCCUGGACACCCUCUUUGAUUUUGAGGAGUCCUUACUGUCUGUGCCUCAGUUUUCUCCAUGUAAAACAAGCUUUCUACCCCGUGUGGCUGCAGAGAGUGUGAAGGGAGCAGCUUGCAGUACUGAGAGCCAGCAUAACCAGUCUUAGCCUUAGGAACACUCUAGAAAGGCAAAUCACAGGCACACAGACCUGCCUCCAUGUUGUCCUGUGAGGUUGCACUAUAGUGAACCCAUUGUACAGAUGAACAUGGGGCAGUGAGGUCAGUAUCUACAUCGAAGGUCACACGCAGCCGUGAAAUAGUCUGACUCAGAUGAACAAGCCAUCCAUCCACCACGGCUACCUCUUGGUAGAGAGACAUGGCUUUGAUUAUCCCAGUUGGGAGGGAGCUCACACCCCUAGGAUUGUCAGUCUAGGACUUGGGUAGUGGUGACCACGGCCCUCGGUACGUAGUCUCAAUGUACCAGGAGAAGUAGAACAUAGGCAUGGUCCUGUUGCUGGGCGGGGCCGGGAGGCUCCCGUAGAGAGGGAGACUCUCCCACUUGCACCAUUCACAGCUUUAUCCAUCCUGCCUCUCUUCAGCAGGCCUGAGACAGAGAGAGAUGCCAACAAGGAGGGUAAAUAGGAUGUGCUCAAGGACCCUCCGGUGGGCCAGUCCCUGGUCACCUGUGACAGGAGGCUAUUUCUACUUCACAAGGCCUGGAGGGAGACCCCAGCCUCACUUUGCCGACCCGCAGAUCAAUGCUGUUAUUGUGAGAGUUUGGGUUUUGUUUUCAGAACCGUGUCUUACUCUGUGACCCAGGCUGGCCUGGAACUCACUCUAUAACCCAGGCUGACUUCAUGUCUCAGCAAUCCUCCUGCCUCAGCCUCUCAUGUGCUGGAAUUAUAGGUGAGCACCACCAUGCCCAUCUUCUGGUUUCUUUUUUCUUCCUUCCUUUCUUUCUUUCUUCCUUCCUUCCUUCCUUCCUUCCUUUUUCUCCUUUGUCUGCCUGCCUGCCUGCCUGCCUGUCUGUCUGUGUCUGUCUGUCUGUCUGUCUGUCUGUCUGUCUGUCUGUGAUCUUUCCAGAUAAGGUUUCUCAGUGCAGCUCUGACUGUCCUGGAACACACACACACACACACACACACUCUCUCUCUCUCUCUCUCUCUCUCUCUCUCUCUCUCUCUCUCUCUCUCUCUGUAGACCAGGCUGUCCUUCAUCUCAGAGAUCCACCUGCCCCUGCCUCCCCAGUGUUGGGGGACUAAAGGCAUGGCCACCACUGCCUGGCAUGGCCUUUUUUCUUCCCCAAUAGAUCCUGGAGUGGGGUGGUGUCUACAUUGCCCAGCCCACACAGGUCACCAGGCAACACCUGGGUGUGUGUUCUGCGUUUUCAUGUGGUGUCUUCCCAGCUCCCUCUCUGUCUUUAGACACUGCCCAGCUCCUACCCUGCCUGAGUUCUUAGCCAGGCAACACCCUGCAUGGAGCACAUCCUGUACGUCACACACCCCUUUGGAGGGUCCCCAUGUCGCAGAAAUGUGACAGUCCUGUGCAUCUCAGGCUCUGCCAAAUGAGACCCAGAACACUGUGUCUCAGAGGCCUUGGAAGGAGUGAGCCUUAGAUGGGGCACCAUGGAAGGUGCGUAAAGGCCUUCGUGGUGACUGCUGUCACUCCGAGUUAUACUGGCUAUAGCCUUUCUAGCGUGGCUGUCCCUGCAAGAAGGGGCUGGGUCUUACAUUCUGUGCCCACCUGACCAGCCAGAGUGAGCCUCCCAGUGCACAAGGCCACACUGCAUUACUUCAACCUCAUCUUGUCUCCCAUCACUGGGCAACCUUAACUCCAUUGUAGAGCCAGGGUCCAAAAUAGGCUUUCCCAGGAUUACCUGACAGGAAGGGACAUCCAGGAAGGCUUCCUGAAGGAGGUGGCCAGCACUGAGCCAGCAGGAUGGCAGAACUGAGUCUGCCUGGCAUUCUAGGUAGAGUGAAGGAGACUUCAUGUGAGGGGCGUGGCCAAACCUAACAUCCGCAGAGUAGAGUGGGGUAUAAAUGGUGUGGGGUUGAGUGCUGAGCUGCACCAAGAUGUCCUGAAGUCAUCUUGGGUCGGAAGUGAAAGGAGCUGUCCAGUUACACCUCCUGACACCGGCUAUUCUCCCCACUUCAGGCCUGGACAGGAAGGGGUGUACUUUAGGAUCCAAGGCUACGGGCAACCGCCUGGGACCUACUCCGUAAGCAUGAUAAAAUAUUUAUCAGGAACCAGGCAGCUGGGCUUCCCUGCACAGGCUGCCACGGGCAGCUCCCACCGAAGCUGGCUGCAGCCUCGCCGAGUUCCGCUGAGUCACAGCCCGUGAGCCCUCUGUCCAGCCCGCCUGCUUGCUGUCCUGUGGCCACGUGGAUUCCUCAUAAUAUGUAAGCCAUUGGGUAGCCUCAGGACCAGGGCACCCAGCACAGUGAACGCUGAGCCAACAUCAGACCUCUCUGGACUGUGCAGGCCUCAGCCAAGGUCACAGGCAGACAAACCACGGGUACCCCUUCCCUCGCCCACCCUGCAGCCUCUGGCUCUCGAGCAAGGUUGAAGUUCAUGAGUUCGCCCAGCCUCAGUGACCUGGGCAAGAGGGAGCCGGGCGCGGCGGGUGCGGACGAGCGGGGCACGCAGCAGCGCCGGGCCUGCGCCAACGCCACCUGGAACAGUAUCCACAACGGUGUGAUUGCCGUCUUUCAGCGCAAGGGGCUGCCCGACCAAGAGCUCUUCAUCCUCAACGAGGGUGUCCGGCAGCUGCUGAAGACGGAGCUGGGGUCCUUCUUCACUGAGUACCUGCAGAACCAGCUGCUGACCAAGGGCAUGGUGAUUCUUCGUGACAAGAUACGCUUCUACGAGGGACAGAAGCUGCUGGACUCACUGGCGGAGACCUGGGACUUCUUCUUCAGUGAUGUGCUGCCGACCCUGCAGGCCAUCUUUUACCCUGUGCAGGGCAAGGAGCCGUCGGUGCGCCAGCUUGCCCUGUUGCAUUUCCGGAACACCAUCACCCUCAGCGUGAAGCUGGAGGACGCACUGGCCCGCUCCCACGCGUGUGUUCCCCCUGCCAUCGCACAGAUGCUGCUGGUACUGCAGGGAGUACAUGAGUCCAGGGGUGUGACUGAAGAUUACCUGCGCCUCGAGACAUUGAUCCAGAAGGUAGUGUCACCAUACCUGGGCACCUAUGGACUCUACUCCAAUGAAGGGCCCUGUACCCAUUCCUGUAUCCUUGAGAAACGGUUCCUACGCCGCUCCCGCUCUGGGGAUAUCCUAGCCAAGAACCCAGUGGUGCGCUCCAAAAGCUACAAUACUCCCCUGCUCAAUCCUGUGGCUGAGCAUGAGGCAGAAGGCACAGCGUCCGGUGGCACAAGCAUCCGCAGACACUCAGUCUCCGAGAUGACAUCUUGUCCUGAGCCCCAGGGCUUUGUGGACACGCCUGACCAGGGCCCUUCGGGGACCUUCAGGUCUUCCCCAUCACCCCACUCAGGGCCUUGCCCCAGCAGACUAUACCCCCCUGCCCAUUCCCCCGAACAGGGCCCAGACCAUGGCUCCCCACCCACCUCCAGCCCUGAGACACUCGUGGACCAGAUCCUGGAGUCCGUGGACUCAGACUCCGAAGGGAUAUUCAUUGACUUUGGGCGGGGUAGUCGCUCCAGUGUGUCUGACUUUGAGGCAGCAGGCGGCCGGCCGAGUGUUGUGUGAUGGCCUGAGGUUAGUUCAUGUUUUUACUGCCCCUGUGUGUUUGCGUGUCUGUGUAUGUGUGUGUGAGAGACUUGUUACUCUUUCCAAACCUUGCCGGCCCCCUGUCUGUCACUGCCUCAAGUCACUUUGUACUCCCAAUCUGUUGGAAAACCCACCCACCCAGAUGCAUACUCAACCACCUGGAGGAAUGGGCCACCAUGUGCCCUCCCACCUGCCCCACUCUCGGUGCCCACAACUUACCCAGGAAAAUGUGAACCAGUGGGCUCUGCCUACGCCAGCCCAGCCUGGCCUUCAUAGUGACGGGACUCAAGCCACAGACAGACCUGCCUGCCUGCCUCCCUCUGCCCUCCGUGGCCACAAAACAGGAAGGCAUGAAAUAAAGUUAGAGCUCCAGGCUCCAGUCUGCCCCCUGGUGUCCUGGGACCCCUGCCUCUCUGACCUCUCCCUCCUACCGGGUGCAUUCCCAGACUGGGGCCCAGGCCACUUGUUCUCAGGCUCAGUGUGGCUAUGUCAUCUUGAUGGAAGGGCCUAGAAAGCACAUAAGGAAGGCCUGAGACCUUAAUGGGUGAUGCCUGGGUAUAAGACAAACCCUACUGUGGAUCCCUGGUCUUAGUCCCAGGCAUUGGCAUUGACCCCAUGCAGCCAGGGAGGGAAAGGGGUCACAAGACCUAUUGAUCUUGCUCUUGUUUGGUGAGGGUUGCUGAAGACCCUGGCCAGGUGGGAGGGGCAGCCCAGCUCUCCCAGAGUCUGAGGGUGGUCAGGACCUCCCUGGUCCACAAACGGGCUGGUCCAACUGCCUGACCUUGGUAAAUAGACUUAAGUGUUCUUGAGAGUUGGCAGGGUUGUUCCAGGCAUGCACUGGCCCAGCAGCCUAGCUUAACAAGCCAUGCCUGGAGUAGCCUCUGUCCCUUUGAAAUCCUCUUUAAAGAGCCAGGGCGAGUGUGGUUCAGCCUGUGUUGUGAACCACAUGCCGAUCCCCUGCCGAAGAUCCUUCAAAGUGCUUGGGUCUUAAAUGAUUGUCCACUGAGAAUGAGAAAGCAGAUAGACCCAGGGGCAGGAUAGCUGGAUUUGGCCUGAAAACAGUCAGGACAGGAGGCAUCUACUUCAUGCUUGUGGGCUUUCUCCCCUUCAGGGCAGGAGGAACAACCUGUCCAGCCAGGAAUGGCCUGCUUGAGCUUCUACGUUGCCUCUAAGAGCACAUGAUCCCCUCACAGAGUGUCUUAGUUAGGGCCUCUAUGCUGUGAUGAAGAAGUCAAGGCAAAAACUUGGAGGCAGGAGCUGGUGUGGAGACUGUGGCAUUGCUGCUUGCUCUCCAUGGCGUGUUCAGUCAGUUCCAUUUGUUUUGUUCAAAAACAGGGUCUCUUCUACAUAGCCCUGGCUCUUCUGGAACUCACCAUGCGGACCAGGCUGGCCUCCAACUCAUGGAGAUCCUACCUUGCCUCCUGAGUGCUAGGAUUAGAGGCCUGCACCAUUACACCAGGCUCAGCCUGCAUUCUUUUUUUCUUUCUUUCUUUCUUUUUUUUUUUCCGGAGCUGGGGACCGAACCCAGGGCCUUGUGCUUGCUAGGCAAGCGCUCUACCACUGAGCUAAAUCCCCAACCCCCUGCAUUCUUAUAAAACCCAGGACUACCAGCCCAGGGAUGACCCCACCUACAGUGGACUUGGCCCACACACAUCAAACACCAAUUUAAAAAAUGCCCUACAGGCUUGCCUGCAGCCCUGUCUUAUGAAGCAUUUUGUGGAUCGAGGUUCCCUCAUCUCAGAUGACUCUAGCCUGUGUCAAGAUGACAUAAAACUGGGCAGCACACAAGGAUUUGGAAAAGAGCUCCCCAGGGACCCAGGGGAGCAAGAGCCACUUCAGCCUUGAGACACGCAGAGCAUCAGGCAGGAACCUCAAUCUGGAGAGAGUGCUCAAAGCUAGAAGCAUUGCCACAGGCUCUCAGGGAAGCCAGACAGGCCUGGGACGUGGCUAAGCUCUGCCACUCUUCCUCCCUUAACACCAUCCAAGUCAUCUUCAACCCUCCCUUCUCAGGGACCCCUUUGAGAAGUGGAAGUGGAAUUAUGGGUAGAGGGUUCCGUUGUGUCAACGGUUCUACCGUAAGCAGAAUGAGCAGUGUUGACCAGGUGUUCUCUGGAGUGGCGGGUCUCAGCCUUCCUAAUGCUGUGACCCUUUAAUUCAGUCCCUCAUGGUGUGGUGACCCCCAACCAUAAAAUUAUUUCAUUGCUACUUCUUAAGUAGAAUUUCGCUACAGUUACAAAUCAUAAUGGAAAUACCUGAUAUGUAGGAUAUCUGAUAUGUGACCUUUAUGAAAGUCAGUCAUCCUCCAAAGGAGUCACGCCCCACGGGUUGAAAAACGCCAGAGGAACAGAAUUGAUAGAACAUACAUAAGAAGUAGGCCCUGAUGUCAGAAAAGGAACGGACUCGCUAGCAAGAGUGAAGGCAGGCAGAGAGAGGGGGCAAGCUUCCUUCCUCCAUGUCGUACGUAUAGGCUGCUAUCAGAAGGGGUGGCCCAGGUUAAAGAUGAAUCUUCCCACCUUAAAAGAUCCAGAUUAAAAUCGGGUCUUUCUCACGUUAAAUGAUUUAAUUAAGAAAGAAAGAAAAAAAAAGUCCCUCACAGUUGCCCUUGGCCGCUUGGGUCUUAGUUAAUUCCAGUUGUAGUCAAAUUGGCAACCCAAGAAUAGCCCCACACCAGGUGUACAGAGACGGGCGCACCAGGAUGUGACAUACAAACGUGUUGCUGAGUGCCCCACCCACACCCUGAAAGAACCCUAAGCCAGGCUGCCCAAGUUCUGCUUCGUGAGCCUAGACGGGGCUUGUGCUGGUUGAAAUGAGUUGUUUCUUCAUUUGUAGCCCUCCUCCCCCAUCCCCUUUCCAGGCAGCUCCAUCUUUCUUCCACUGAACUCCCAGAUCUGUCUCAGUGCCUGCCCUGUGUCCUAUCGGUUACUAGAUCAGCCUGGGGCACAACAAGUCCAGUGUGGAGGCGGGGGUUGGGGGUCGGCUCUCAGUGUCCUAGGCUGAUUCCAUGGGUUCCGUGGGCUCACCUCCCUCUACAGAUCUUCAUGUGUGUCUGCCACCUGUACGGUUGGGAGGCAGGUGCUUGUCACAAUUGACAAGCCCUACUAAUUAAUCAGAGGUUCCAGAAUGCAAGAAGCCCGUGGCACUGCUGACUGUCAUGGGAAGAGACACCAGGCCCUACCUAUUAGCCAUCAACUCUGAGCCCUAAUCCACUCUCCUGGGAGGUCGGGUUAGAGACCCCACAGGAAACAGUUGAAUUGGGGUAUGAUGACAUUUGUCUUUAAUCCCAGUGCUUGGGAGACCAAGGCAGGUGGAGCUCUGUGAGUUCAAGGACAGCCUGGUCUACAUAGCCAGUUCUACUCCAGCUGGAGUGACACGAUGAAACAAUGUUCCGAAACAAUAAUAAAAUGACAUUGGAAACAUGUA